GUUUUAUAUAUAUAUAUAUAUAUACGAACAAAUAUGCAAUCUAAGACUCAAACUCACUCUUUCCCUUUCCCUUUCCCUUUCACUUUCAGUUUGAAGUUUGAGUUUUGAGCAGAGCUUACAAAUGGCAGCAACAGCAGCAUCCAGCCUUAGCUACGGCAUUGGUGGUACUCAGAUUUUAUGGGUACCACAGGGACUGUUAGAGCAAAUUGUGAGCACUCACUCUUCUUAUCAAACCCACCAUGUUGAUCUUCAACAUCUUGUUAACCUCAUUUCCUGCAUUUUCGAAAACGCUGCCGUUUCUUCCUCAAAGGGUGUUGAACAAUAUGCACAAUUAACCGAUAUGAUCAAUAAGCUGGAAACUGUGGACGGUAUGCAUCAAGCUUUGGAAAAUAUUCGAAAUCUUUCUUGUGAGAUGUCAUGCUGUGUAUCAACAAUGGCAAGCAGUGUGGACGAAACAACAAUGCAAAUGCUCCGAAGGCUGAAAGACUAUUCAUGGAACGCCAAAGUGGUGUUGGCGAUGGCCGCUUUCGCAUGCAGUGUUGGUGAGUCGUCAAUGCUUGUCAAGCAUCGUAACACCGACCCUAUUGCCAUGUACGUUGAAACCCUCAAAGGCCACCGUUAUACCACCACGGAUUUCACCGUGCUCGAACGCAUCGGGCUUUUCAAGGCCAUGAUCGAUGUCGCCAACACCAACUUGGCCUUUUUGGCCCCUUCCAUUUCUCGCAUUCCCAAAGAGGUCCACUCAAUCAAAGAUGCCAUUGCUUGUUUCCCCACAGCUGCAUACAAGAUCCUUCGGAUUGUUUUGCAAAUCACAAGCAUUUUAAGCAAAAAGAAGGACCAUUUUGAAUCCACAAUCCAAGAAUUAAAUGUCUUGGCAAAUGAAGUUAGCCAUAUAAAUAACAUCCUUCAAGAGAAGUUAACCCUUUGCCUAAGGGAUGCUGAAAAAUACACAUAUGAAGAUAUAACCAUACGUAUUACUAAAAUCAGCAUCUCAGAAUUCAUCGACAAAAUCAUGCAUUACGUGAGGAUUCAGGGCUUUGAAAAUCUAAGAAACAAGCAUCUUUUGUUCCUCGUAUCGGAUCUCGACAUCUCUAUCGAUGAGAUCAAGGUUCUCAAUUGGUUGUACCAAAGAAACGACCAAAUGUAUGAGAUCGUUUGGCUCCCGAUCAUCGACUUGUCGAUGUCGUACGAUGUGAAACGAUUUUGGGAGCUUAAACAGUUGAUGAAAUGGAGUGUGGCAGUGGAGCCAACAAGGGUCGAGGCCGACGUCGUCGAGUUUGUGAAGAAAGAGUGGCAUUUCAUAAGGCAGGCGAUCGCAGUGUCGAUGACUUCGGCCGGGGAAGUGGUGUGCCAAAAUGCUCUCCCCAUGUUAUGGACUUGGGGGAACACGGCUUUCCCAUUUAGUGAUAAAACCGAGCAGAUUCUAUGGAACUCUGUAGAUGAACGACAUGGUUGGAAGCUUGAUUUGGUGCUUGAUGACUUCAUUGUCCCCGAAUUACGUUCAUGGAUAGAGAAUCGAACAACAUUCGUUUGCUUAUUCGGCGGAGGUGACAUUUCAUGGAUUCAAGAAUUCACCGAGAAAGUCAAAUACGCCGCCUACGCCGCCGGCGUUACCUUAAAACUAGUUUUCGUCGGAAAAAACAAAGCCAAAUUAGGCUUAUCAAAAACCGACCUCAGCCGUGACAUCAAAGUCAUCGAAUCGGAGAUCCGGUGGCGGUUCUGGACAAAACUAGAAAGCAUAUUACACGCCAAAAUCCGACACGGCAAAACAACCACCGCUUAUAAAACUGAUGUAGUAAUCCAUGAAGCUUUGAAAGUGGUCGGCCAUGGCGGAAAAGGCGAAUCGUGGGCCGUUUUCUCGAUGGGACCCGACCCGAUGGUAACAACCGACGGCGAAACGGGUUUAACCAUCAUGUCUAAUUACCUGAAUUGGAGACAAGACACUACUGGACUACGGUUCUUAGAAGGUGUGAAGCAUUACAAAGAGGUGAUAUCGAGGGAUGUUCAUGGCUGUAUCAAGGUUCAUUUGCCAGUCCUGGGUCGGGUUCCGGGUAUUAUGGUUUGCCCUGAUUGCUCUAAAGUGAUGGAUAUGUUUUAUACGUAUCGUUGUUGUGAUGAGUGAUUUGUUUAAAUUCGGGACUAAAUAUCUUUACCUUAAUUCAAAUUGGUCCCUUUUUUUGUCAA